AUGUCCAAACAACAAUACAAAAAACUCUCGAGCGAGACGCACAUCGGCCUGGCCCGCGACAUGACGUUCGAAAAGGCACUCCACGGGGCCACGUCUGCCAAUACGGGCGGCUUCAGCUCCAUGCUACGCAAGGACCACGAGGCCAACCAGGCGGCCUCGGACCAGUACUUCCAGCACUGGGACAACCGGACGGCCAAGGACGAGACGGCCGAGGCGCGGGCGGCGCGCCGGACCGAGUACGCCUCCAUCACGCGCCAGUACUACAACCUGGCCACGGACCUGUACGAGUACGGCUGGUGCCAGUCGUUCCACUUUUGCCGCUUCGCCUACGGAGAGGGCUUCCACGCCGCCAUGGCCCGCCACGAGCAGUACCUGGCCCACCGCAUGGGCAUCAAAAAGGGCGCGCGCGUGCUGGACGUCGGCUGCGGCGUGGGCGGGCCCGCGAGGCAGAUGGCCAAGUUUACCGGCGCUUACAUCACGGGCGUCAACCUCAACGAGUACCAGGUCGAGCGCGCCACGAGAUACGCCGAGAUGGAGGGCGUGUCGGACCAGUUGCGGUUCGUGCAGGCCGAUUUCAUGAACAUGCCCUUUGACGAAAACACCUUUGACGCAGUUUACGCCAUCGAAGCAACAUGCCACGCCCCCACCCUCGAGGGCAUCUACUCCCAAAUCUACCGCGUCCUCAAGCCCGGCGGCGUCUUUGGCGUCUACGAGUGGGUCAUGACGGACAGGUACAACGACGCGGACCUGCGGCAGCGCCAGAUCCGCCUCGACAUCGAGCAGGGCGACGGCAUCGCCAACAUGAUGGGCGCGCAGGACGCGCUGGCCGCCGUGCGCGCCGCCGGCUUCGAGCUGCUCGAGCACGAGGACCUGGCCGCCAGCGUCGGCGCUGGCAACAGGCCCACCACGCCGUGGUACUGGCCGCUCGACGGCAGCAGCUGGCGAUGCGCCCAGACGGCCGGCGACCUCUUCUCCACCCUGCGCAUGACCCCGGCCGGCAGGACCGUCGCGCACGGCUUCAUGUGGGCCCUCGAGACCCUGAGGCUGGCCCCGCCCGGCACGAGGAAGACGGCCGACAGCCUGGCCAAGGCGGCCGACGCCCUGGUGCAGGGCGGCAGGGAGGGACUCUUUACGCCCAUGUUCCUGAUGGUGGCAAGGAAGCCGAUAAAGGCUUCUUAA